UAACUAUCCCCCAAGCACACACAUCUCUCUCUCUCUCUCUCUCUCUUCCUUUUGCCUUUGGAGAGGAAAGAUGAGCUGCAGUGGCUGCCGAAUCCUCCGCAGAGGCUGCAGUGACCAUUGCAUCCUAAGGCCAUGUUUGGAUUGGAUCCCCGUCUCCAAACGCUCAUAUCUUUUGACCUUCAUCGCCUCCAUCCCCGUCUCCAAACGCUCCGCGCUCUUUCAGUCCCUCCUCUACGACGCGUGUGGCCGCACGGUCAACCCGGUCAACGGGGUUGUGGGGCUGCUCACCACCGGCAACUGGUAUAUCUGUCACGCGGCGGUGGAGACAGUCCUUGCUGGAGAGGUCCUGCGGCCAAUUAGCCUUGGCGCCAUGCAGGAUUGCUCUAGCCAAGUCGGAUGGGUGCCGAACUGCAUUGAGACGAUGGCGUCAGAGGCGUCGGUGCCGGAAAGUGGGGUUGAUCAAGUUGAGGCUGAGGAAAUGCCAAAGCUGCUCAACCUUCUUGCUUAAGCAUGGGCUUUAUCUAAAGAAGAAGAAGAAGACUUAAUUGAUCCUUUUUUUUCUUUUUCUUUUUUCUUUUUUUUUCAAAUUAAGUGAGAUGGGACUAAGUGGGGAGAAAAUUGGCUUUUCAUUUAGAUCCCAUGUUUAAAUCGGAAAUUGUAUCUCUAUUUGUAGGAGAGUACUAUUUUGAUUAAUAAAGAUAAAAAUAAAAUUA